UCAACAUGGCUCAUCAGCUGCCCGUGAUUUUCAUUAUCUCGUUCCUUUUCGGUUCGACUUGGUCCCGAUGUCCCAAUGUGGCACCACCGGAGUACCCCUCGGAGCUCGGCCAGUUUUUCACCAGGAACGGUCUGCGGGUGAAUCUCGUUCACGUGGCGCGGAGCAAUGCGGAUGAUGAGGAACUCUACGACAGUGUUUGUCUGGAAGCGAGCGUGAACAAGAAAUCGGACAAUCAAUACUUUCUCAACUACACCUACAAACAAAUCAAAGGCUUCGUCAACGUGACAUUGUUCGACGGUGAUGUGCCUGAUGACGAGGCACGUCUCGUGCAAUUGGUGCCAGAAGGGAACCUCUUGGCUGCAGUACAAUGCAACCCCCAGGAGCGAAUCCACGUAUUCCUUGGCCUUAUCAAAAACGUAGUGGGGUCAUCGUGUAGGGAAUCUUUACGCACCGUGAUAAACAGAGCGCACCUUGCAGCGGGCUUCAGACCUGUGAAGAAGUCUGAACGCGAGCUAUCGCGGAGUAUCGCCCAAUGUUGCGCCACGCACUGACUAUGAGUUGUAGGGGAAUUAUUCGAAUAGCGCUGGAGCCGAGAGAAAACAAAGGCUUCAGAUCAAAAUUGAAGCACUCUUCGAGCACCUCUAGGAGAUGAUCAAGAGAAACGAAAACAAAUG